UGCUCUCUUGCGACUAUCAGUACUUCUGGCUCGACAAACGGACAAGUGUCUAGUGGCAUUGACUGGGCGAAGAAAUAUACAUUCCGAUUUGUGGAUUCGAACAAAUACUACGAGGAGUCAGUCACUAUCACGCCCAAGACUAACGCGACAAACAUCAAAAUACCUUGUAGAAACACCAACGAACUGUUGGAUUUCAAUGCAAAAUCCUUCAAUGUAUCAGGCUGUGAUACUGUCGAAAUCUUUGCUUCUGCUGAUGUCAUUGUUCAUGGCAAAGUGUCCAGCAGCAAUGGUUUCACUGCAGGGUUUUUAGCCCUACCAGAUGAUGAUCUGGGUACAGAGUAUUUGGUUGAUUGCUAUACACCUAUCAAUCAAACGACACAAGUGGCCAUAUCCGCCAUUUCAAAUGACACGACCAUAACUGUUAAUUGCACAAGUAACUGCACUUUCAAUGGGUCAAGUGUCUCUGGGUCUUUCCAAUUGGGAGCUGGGGAAUCAGGAAUUUUAAAGAGUACCGAAAACAACACGGAAAUGACUGGAACCUACAUUGGAUCUAAUAAACCAAUCUCAGUCAUUGUUGGGGCCUUUAAUGUUUUCAUUCCGAGGGAAACGAAUACAAGGAAUAAGGGCCAUGGCGUCGUUAUGGAACUAUUGCUACCCAUUUCCGCUUGGGGUCGAACGCACAUCGUGCCACCAUUCAGAGAUACCCCGAACGGUUGGAUAUUACGCAUCUCGGCGAUAAACUCUAGCACGAACGUAUCCUUGACAAAUUGUGAGAUCACGGGAAAUGUAACUAAACUAUUGAAUAGUAGAGAGUUUGCUGAUAUUACCGUUAAUGGAACUAAUCAAAGAAUGUGCCUCAUAGAAGCCGACCAGUCCAUCCAAGUGAUGCAAUACGUGGCAGGUUCACGCACCUCGCCGGAAGAGUUUGGGGAUCCUAGUAUGACAGUAAUUCCUGCAGUAUCACGUUAUCAUGGCGACACUUCAGUUAGCAAGGUUAGGAAAAGAGAAUUCAAUUAUACCAUGGAUGUUGUCACAACAAGCAAAAACCCACCGAUGAUUAACGACCCUCCGGUUGUUCACAUAGGUCAAACGCGGUCCCUCAUUAUUAAUGGGACACAGUUCUUCUUGUACACCUUCGAAUUACCAAUUGGAAUAUAUCAGGUGACUCGUCGGAACCAAUCAGAUAGAAUGUGGGUCAGACUUUACACGCUUCACAAUUCUCUUGGUGCAGCAAUGUUAGGAGAUGUAGGAGUCUCAGUGAGAAAUAACGACAAAAUCACUGACAUCAAGGGCAAAAAUGACGAACUAAAGAAAAAGCAAAAGGAAUUUGAAACCCGAUUUCCACACGAUUUCCCCAGUUAUGAUGCAGCAGCGGAAGCACUCGACACUGUUACGUCGUAUCUCGUUGACAAAGGCGAGCUUGAUUCCGUGAUCGAAACCGAAGUCGCACUCGAGUUCUUCAAGGGUGUCUUAACCCGGAAACCCUUACUGAACGCUACCGUGAAUGAGACAAAGUCAUUUCUUAAUAAAACCAGCGAAGCGCUUAAUGUUCUGUUUUCCAACAAGACCAAUGAACAUCUUGUCCGCGCAUGCGUGGAAAAGAGAAAUUUGAGCGUUUCACCUGAGCAAAUCCAGUAUGAACUCGAAGGGCUCUUGCACGAUGCUUCCGAAUUGAUCGCUGGUGGCGGACUGUCAUCAUUUGACGUCUCGCGAGAAAAUGCAGCCAUCGCAAUCGCCCCUACAACCAUGACCAGUCGCGGCAAUUCUGCAACCGCUGCAGAAUGUGGGGGCGCCCUAGGCAUCACUGGAUACGGCGCGGAGAUACCGUGCGAAGUCUUGAAGGAGAUGGGAUCCCGCGCUGUAUAUCAGAUGAGGCUGCCUUUCGGGGCAGACGCACUUGCAAGUUCAAAGUGCUCUGAGAACAGGAAAAGGAUUGCAACUUCGCUCCUUAGCGUGGGACUCGUAUCUAAUCAGCCGAAACGGGAAUUCAGUAAAAAUGUUUCAUUGACCUUCAACAUAAGGCCUUCUGAGGAUGGACCCAACAAUGAUACCACGCUAUGCUCCUUUUGGGAUAAUGAGAAAGGAGAUUGGUCGACAUCGGGUUGCACCCUGGAUUCCAUUGACGUCAUCGACGGCGAGACCGAGGUCACGUGUCUCUGUAACCACCUGACAAGUUUCGCUGUACUCAUAGACGUGACCCCAGGCUCAGCAGAGAUUGAUCCAAGACAUGAACAGAUAAUGAAGCUUUUGACAUGGAUCGGAUGUGGAUUCUCAAUCGUGGCUUGUUUUCUGACUUGUUUUGGUUACGCCAUCCUCAGACUCCGGAGCGAUCUUAUUUUAGUCCAUGGAAACCUUGCACUGUCCGUUGGCUUGGCUGAAACAGCUUUCCUUUGCCUUGGUGCUAUCUCUGAUCCUGAUGCUCGACCGAUUUCUUGCCUUAUAUUGGCUUCCUUGAUUUACUACCACUUCAUCGCGAUGUUUGCCUGGAUGGCCAUAGAGGGCGUACAUCUUUAUUUAUUAACCUUUGUAGUAUGGAACGCCGAGAAGCGAAAAAUCAAGUGGUAUAUGGCUUGCGGAUGGGGCAUACCAUUUCUAUUCGUCGCUAUGAUGCUUGCCUACAACUUCAUACGACAUGAAAGAUAUGAACAAGGGAUUGAUUUCCAAAACUAUUGUUUCCUGAGCAUGGAAGACAGAAGUCUCCUCAUGUUCGUCGUCCCAGUCGCUGUUGUGAUCGUCUUCAAUAUCUUCGUAACAAUACGUGUUGUUUGUCAAAUCGUCAAGAUGUCGGACGGUCCCACAAUGCAAGGCGACAUUAAGAAAAGAGCUAAAUACGGCGUGAAGGCCAUGAUUGUUCUUCUUCCAAUAAUGGGAUUGACCUGGGUCGUAGGCUUCUUAGCGGUCAAUAGGGCAAAGGUCAUCUUUCUGUACGCCUUCAUCGUUCUCAAUUGUCUGCAGGGCGUCUUCAUAUUCUUCAUUCAUUUCUUCAGAAACACGGAGGUUCGCAAAGCAUUUAGGAGACAACUGGACAAAUGGGCCGUUAGUCAGUCUUUUAAGGGAGACUCUUCGAGUAGCAGGAACGGCCGAAAGUCCUCAUCCUCGGGUGGGGAAAAGAAUCUUGCGGCUUUCCGAUCGCCCAACCAAACCGUAACAUUGUCCAACAUGUCGAGCACCAGGGCCCACAACCUGUAGAUGAAUUUGAAAACGCUUCAGCUGUAUAUUGCCAAGGCAGGGAAACUCCUUUGCAUGGUCAUUGAAUAUCUUGAAUUAAUUUUAAGAAAAAAAUAUGGAAGAAACACCCUUGUUUUUAAUCUUUGUUCACUUUUCUUACUCUCCCAUGAGUGGCUCAGUGUAGCUAGUUGCUAAUAAUGGCAUUUGAAGGGGCGUUAUGACCCUAGAUUUGGGCUGAAUGAUAGUGAAACACAAAAGUUUCAUCACUGCGAAAUGAUGAUUAAUGGCCAAACUACUCUACAUCACGUGACUGACUUUUGACCAAUCAUAUAGCAAGAUUCUUCGUAUGCUGAAUAUAAUUGCUAAGUACUCGUAUUUGAAGGGGCGAUAUGACCCUAUAUGAGUGAUCAGUGAAACACUAAAAUUCCAUCACCGCGAGUGAUGAUUAAUGACCAAACUACCCUUUAUCACGUAACUGACAUUUGACCAAUCAUGUAGCAAGAUUCUUAGUAUGCAGAAUAAUUGCUAAUGAUUGUAUUUAAAGGGGUGGUGAUAUUUACUUUGAUGAUUAUUUUCAUCAAUACGGAUGGGUCAUUAUGAUUGUAUAUAUUCCUGGAUAGUACAGUACUUUAAGCUUCUCGGAAUACAAUAAAAAAUAAUGAUGUUUAUGCAAUUGUUGGUAUCUAACUGUAUGGUUCUGACUCUCGCCUUGUAAACAGAGGGUCGUGUGUUUGAAUCCCACCGCGGUCUGGCGUCCUUUGGCAAGGCGUUAAUCAACACUUUGCCACUCUCGACCCAGGUGCUAAAUGGGUACCCGGUAGGAUGUGAAAGUCAUUGUAGCUUGACCAGUACCGUGUGCGCCUCACCGACAACUCACUGGAGUACUCCCCAGGGAGUGGAGGGUGUGCACACAUGACAUUGUGUGCGGGAAUGACUGAUUGAAUCCAAUGACCGGGGUAAUGAUAUAUAUAUGUUAAGCGCUUAGACAUGUCGUUCUGAUGUAUUAAGCGCCAUAUAUAAAAGCGGAUUAUUAUUAUAUGGAGACACUAUAGUACUACGUCAUGUACGUGAAAGAGAUAAUAUUUUCCAUGAAAAACUCAUGCUCAUCAAGCAGGAAAUAUAAGAUUCAUUGCCGUACAGUAUGUGUCCUUAACAUAGGGUAAUUUCAUGAUCCAUUUUAAUUCACAGUAUGAACUUUACUUGCGUUACGAAAAAAUUAGUUGUUUGUCUAUUUCUCCUUUGUAUUAUUUCAAAGAUGAGCUUCUCGUUACCGUUGCUGUGUAAUUUAACGCUCUGCAUAUAAACGACGAUCAAAUUGCAAUUCGUAUUUUGUAUUUAUCAAGUUUGAUUGGCCUAUUGGGUUGUGAAAUAACGUUACAAUUUCAUGUUUUAGGAAGGACUCAUAUAGGCCUACAGGGGGUCGGAUGUACAUAAUUUAAGAAUUGCCAAAUGCUUAAAUCAAAUUUAGUCAUGUUUUAUGAAUAUUAGUUAUUUAUUUCUAUGGUUUUUUCUGUAUCGUAUGGUAAGUGCAAUUGUUUUUUUUUUCUUUUUCACCAUCCUAUUAUACAUUGUCGUUAUCUUUAGUGUUUUGUAAAACAACGAAACAAUCUGUUUAAGUGAGUAAUUUCCAAUAUUCCGAUCUGCAGUGAGAUGCCUGCAUAUUUCUUUGGCAUAUGUAGCCUAUCCUGUAAAAAUAAAUAAAAAUUAACGAUAAUCUUACCAGAA